AUGAUCGUAGUCCUAAGUACUAGCACAAGCUAUUUUGGUGCAGGGUAUGAUAAUGUGAUCAAGAAUCGUCUGGAAGGUUUCUAUUGGGAACGACUUGAAUAUCGAAAGUCACUUGGAAAUGACGGGAAAUCAUCACUACCACUGUGUGGUCCACCUCAUAUAACUGAAGAUGGAAAACGAUUGAAUCUCCUUGAUCUUCUUGUGACCAAGAGAGGUUCUAUGGCCUCAGACAGUCGAGACAUGAUCUAUGCACUCUCUGGCAUUGCUAAAAGACCGAAAGAACAAUAUUUCAAUCAUGCCUACCAUACUCGACCAUUAGCGCCAUCACGGAUGCCAUCAUGGGUGCCAGACUGGACAACACGGGCACAAUACAAACAAAAGAUCGUUGACUGGGUUGAGCCUCUUGAUAAAUCAAGAAGUGCCGUCUCGAAUAGUGCAUAUCUCGACGAUCAAGGAGUCCUCGCUUGCGUGGGCUACAAAAUCGGCAUUAUAAACCUAAUUACUGACUUCCCUCGCGAUAUUCAACUAAGUGACGAAGGCAGAGUAGGUCGAAUACUAUGGAAUGAAUGGAAAGAUAAAAAGCUUCCGGAUAGUGUUUUGGAACUUUUCAGUCGCUUACAUCCCUUGAUAUACAAUCGAAGAUAUGCCGAAACGCUUGAAGGUACGUGUUGUUUGGUACCAGGAGGGACACAAACUGGUGAUAUUGUUUGUCAAUUCAUCGGGAGUUCACUACCCUAUAUUCUCAGGCCAAUUCAAUCGACAGAUAUCAAGUCCGAAGAAGGAUGGAGAGCUUGGAAAACAUUGCUGCAUUUCUCUCGCUGGUGGAAUAACUCGAGAGUACCAAGACAAGAACUCCCUACCAAAUCCCUAGAUGCCAGAAUUUCAACCAUUUUAGAAAACAAAACAUCAGGAUACCAAACUCUCGAAAUUAGACAUUAUAAUUUUGUAGGAGAAUGUUUUGUAAAUGGAUUGAUGAGCAAUGAAAAUAGUCAAACUCAUCAACGGCAACAUUCUCAAGACAAGACCGUAUUCGCAAUGCAUUGA